AUGAGGAUGCGGGCGUUCCUUGCGCUCGCCACCUUCAACGCUUCCAGCUUGGUCGGCACACGAGGACAGGAAGUCAGCGCAGAGCUACGACGAGCGCAGAUCGUCGCGCGCCCACGCACGAAGACCCCGAAGCACACCGCCAGCCCACAUCACACCCAACAGCAUGAACAUCACAUGGCCGUUCAUUUGGGAUAUGGAUAUCGGAGCCCACACGUUAACAACUCGGCUGGAUGUGCCAUCCUAUUGGGCACCAGGUUCAAGGCGAGGUACAUCAAGGACAUCACGCGUCCACCGCAGGACAUCUGCGGGAGAGGAGGAGCCAUUACGAUCGAGCAGGGCGCGACCAAAUUGAAGAUCAUCGCUGCCUACUCGCCGCCUCUGCUAAAGAAGGCACUUCAAUGGAGAUCCACGAUGAACAAGGACGCGAAGGCGAAGCAGGAAAGUUCAAGGACGCAAUCGCGUUACACAGAGGGCAAGGCACACAAGGUUCUCAACAAGGAAGCCAUGGCACUGGGCCUAAAAGAAGGACAUAGGCGCGAAGAGUUCCUGACCAGCCUUGAGGGCCACCUAACAUCGCACGCCGAACUACUUGACGCGCACCUAGACAAAGAGGACGGCACCGACCACUGGGGCCUCACAACGCAGCGCUUCCGCGACGCGGCCCCAGAGUACUUCCCGGCUGACGUCGAGCGCCUGCAGCGGUGCCAAGCAGCCCGCGAAGAGAAAUUUCGCAUAUAUCGGCAACGAGCAGAAUUACACGCACGACGGACCCAAAUGGAAGACCCGCAGGCCAUCGAGCAGGAGAUCGAGGAGCUGGACGAGACCAUCCGCGAGAUCAGCAAGAUGCUCAAACAUCACACCAAAGACACAAAUUGCAAGUAUCCAGAACUACAAUGCGACGAUCAAUGGAGUGCCUGGCGCAAUCGACGACUGGCCGAAUGCCACCGCAUCACCGAAGGCGGCAUGCGAGAGGCCGCCGCGUCACGAACAGCGCACACCAUGGACGUCAACGAAGUAUCGUUCGACGACAUGUCAGACCGAGAAGCCGACGACCAGGACGACACGGUGGGCCGCGAGCUCCGCCUCCGGGAGGGCAGGCAGGACGAGUUCAUGCACCUCCCAAAGGUCGUGUGGGCGCUCAUCGCAGAUCUGGUCGCGAUGAUGCUGUUCAUCGCAUGCAUCCCGUUCAUCCUCACGAUCGCGAAGCGCCGCCGGACCACCAGCCAGGGCGCGCAAGCCAGCACCUGA